CGGGGUCGGUGCGGUGCGGUGCGUUGCCGCUGGCGCGCUUGGCGGCGGCGGCGGCUGGGAGGCAGACUUGUGUCUGCGGCGCUGCUGGUGCCUGGCUGCAGCUCGGCUCGGCUCGGGCUGUGCGGAGCGAGGAACUAGCGGGCUGUGUGCGUGCGGGUUGCGGGCUGCGGGCGGGCAGCGCCCCGCGGGCCAUGCUGCUCACGGUGUACUGUGUGCGGAGGGACCUCUCCGAGGUCACCUUCUCCCUCCAGGUCGAUGCCGACUUCGAGCUGCACAACUUCCGCGCACUCUGUGAGCUCGAGUCUGGCAUCCCAGCGGCCGAGAGCCAGAUUGUUUAUGCCGAGCGACCUCUCACUGACAACCACAGAUCACUGGCUUCAUAUGGCUUGAAGGAUGGGGAUGUAGUAAUUUUGAGACAGAAGGAGAAUGCAGAACCACGAGCUCCUGUUCAAUUCCCAAGCCUGCCCCGGAUAGACUUCAGCAGCAUAGCUGUACCUGGUACAUCAGGCUCCCGACUGCACCAGCACCCAGCCCAGCCAUCCCGGGUAUCCCCAGGAGACACAGCUUCAUCCCCACAGGGCUUGGACAAUCCAGCAUUACUCCGAGACAUGUUGCUUGCCAAUCCCCAUGAGCUCUCUCUGCUCAAGGAGAGAAACCCACCCCUGGCAGAAGCCCUGCUCAGUGGAGACCUUGAGAAAUUUACUAGGGUCCUGGUAGAACAGCAGCAGGACCGAGCCCGGAGGGAGCAGGAGAGGAUCCGUCUCUUUGCGGCUGACCCCUUUGAUCUGGAAGCUCAGGCCAAGAUAGAAGAAGAUAUAAGGCAACAGAACAUUGAGGAAAACAUGACAAUAGCCAUGGAAGAAGCUCCCGAGAGCUUUGGCCAAGUUGUGAUGCUUUAUAUUAACUGCAAAGUGAAUGGACAUCCCGUGAAAGCAUUUGUGGAUUCAGGAGCCCAGAUGACCAUUAUGAGCCAAGCUUGCGCAGAAAGGUGUAAUAUAAUGAGACUUGUGGAUCGCCGGUGGGCUGGCAUUGCUAAAGGUGUUGGCACACAGAAGAUUAUCGGCAGGGUGCAUCUGGCUCAGGUUCAGAUCGAAGGGGAUUUCCUACCGUGUUCCUUUUCUAUACUUGAGGAACAGCCCAUGGACAUGCUUCUGGGACUGGACAUGCUCAAGAGACAUCAGUGUUCCAUUGACCUCAAGAAAAACGUGCUAGUGAUUGGCACUACAGGCACACAAACCACCUUCCUUCCAGAGGGGGAGCUCCCAGAAUGUGCAAGGCUAGCCUAUGGUUCAGGGCGGGAUGACAUUCGGCCAGAGGAGAUUGCAGACCAAGAACUAGCAGAAGCUCUUCAAAAGUCCGUCGAGGAUGCAGAGCGUCAGAAGCCUUGAUGCAUGUAAUGUGUGUGUACUGCAGCUGGAAUGGGCCUCAGACCAGAGAAAAGUGAUAAAGAAACUACCUCACUGGGAACAUCAUCACCAACCUGCGGUGGAUCUGACAGUGCAGCCCAUUCAUUAGGACUCAGUUCUAAGAUCAGUCACCCCGUAAGUCUUGAUCGCUCUGUCUCUGCUCCUGCUUCCAUCUGCUCCUCCAAGCCCAGCUUGCGAGAGAUUGUGGAUCCAAAAGCUGAAUCCCAGGUAAUCUCGGACAAGAAAGAAUGUCCUUCUCCUUUCCUGGACCUUUCUACCCAGGCCUCAUCAGACAGCACCAUGGAAGACCAGUCUGCAGGCUGUCCAAGGUCAGCUACUGCUCU